CCUCAUUUAAAAAUAAAAAUAAAAAUAAAAAUAAUGGAGGUGUGAGAUUCAUAAUUGGAUAAUUAGUCAAUCAUAGAGAGCGGUCAUUUCGAGAUCUCGCGACGAGUGACGAUGGAAUUUUUACCACAAUUUUUGUGUUAAAAAACAGAGAUGUGGAAGAGAGAGUGGUGGAAUGUUGGGCGUAGCAAAGUCGUUAUGAUGCGUCAGAAAAAGGGAAAAAUGUUAAAUGUGCACUCUGAACUUGUAACUAAAUACGGAGUAAUAAAUAAAUAAAUAGAUAAAGUUUUUUGGAUUUGAAUUAGUGGACCAAUGCGCAUUCAGAGAAAUUGGGUUUUGGGUUCUGAAGAUCAUCCAGUUCUCUUGCCCUCUUGAUUUUUCACCUUGGAUUUCAGGUGAAUUGCGUGUUUCCUUUGUUGAAUUUCAGGUGAUCUAAUCGUGUAACGCAGGUGUUUAAUUUGCUUGAUCUAACGAGAAAAUGCAGGACCAGCGGAUUGGAUUGAUGAGCAAUGCAGAGAUCACGCAGGGCGGUUCUGCGAAGAAUAGGUUCGGAAAAAGGGAGAAAUCUCGUCUACAAUGUUUCUCUCGCUCUCGUGAUCUUGCUUUGGGCGAUUCUCUUCCUUUUCAAUCUGUGGAUCAGUCAUGGCGACGUUUAUCAAGAAUGUAGAAGUAGAGCUUGGGAUGAAGAUCGCAGGCGUGUUGUUAUCCUGGCGGACGAGAAUCUCUCCAGGAGCAACAAUUCCAGAGAAGGUGUGACUGAAAUGGAGACUGUUCUGAGUGAAUCUAACAGAAAUUCUGUCAGUUCUAUUGAGGAGAAAGCCGGAGAUUGGAAAUCGCAAUCGGACAGGUUUUUUAGGUCGGUCACUCUAGGGUUGGGAGAGUUCAGAAGCAAAGCGUUUGAUAGUAAAAGUGGAGAUGUAAUGACUGGUAAUCCAGGGAGCAUAGUGCAUAGGAUGGAGCCAGGUGGGGCAGAUUACAAUUAUGCUUCUGCUUCAAGAGGAGCCAAGGUCUUGGCUUACAACAAGGAAGCCAAGGGAGCUUCUAAUGUGCUGUGCAGAGAUAAGGAUGAGUACCUUAGGAAUCCUUGCUCUGCCGCCGAGAAGUUUGUCGUUGUAGAACUGUCAGAAGAAACUUUAGUGGAUACAGUAGAAAUAGCAAACUUUGAGCACUACUCAUCCAAUCCAAGGGAGAUUGAGUUGCUGGGCAGUCUCGUUUACCCCGCUGAUUCGUGGGAUAAACUUGGUAGUUUUACUGCUGCAAAUGUCAAGCAUGCUCAAAGGUUUGCUCUUCCAGACCCAAAAUGGGCUAGGUAUCUGAAGCUGAAGAUACUGAGUCAUUAUGGUUCAGAAUUCUAUUGUACCUUAAGCUUGCUGGAAGUGUAUGGAGUGGAUGCUGUGGAAAAGAUGCUUGAGGAGCUUGUGUCUGUUCCAGCUAAGCUGUGUACUUCUGAUCAGAAAAGCAGUACCCACAAAUCUUCUGAAGGAGAACCUUGUCAAAAUGCAGAUGGUGAUGAUUUGCAGACAGGGCUUGCAGUUGAAACUUCUGAUGCAGUUGCUAAACCAGUGACAACAGUUGCAGUGUCUGACCCACCCGGGGAAAUUCGCAGUUUACAUGUGAACAGGAUGCCUGGUGACAGUGUUUACAAGAUUCUGAUGAAAAAGAUUAAGUCCCUAGAUAUAAAUCUGUCAUUUCUGGAGAGGUAUCUAGAGGAGUUGAAUUCUAGGUAUGGGAAGGCUUUCAAAGAAAUUGACAAAGACUUGGAAGAGGGAAAUUUCCUUAUGGACAAGUUCUUGUUAGAGAUGAGGGGUUUACUUGAGAGCAAGGAGACAAUAAAUAAGGAAGUCAAUAAUCUUGUCUCUUGGAAAUCCCUUGUUUCCAUGGAGCUUGAGCAUUUAAUCAGGGACAAUGCUAAUCUCAGAAUGAAGAUGGAAGAAGUUUGGCAGAACCAGGUAUUCAUGGAGAAUAAAGGAUCAAUAGUUAUAUUUGUGGCAUGUUUAAUAUUUGGGAUCUUAGCAUUUCUAAGGCUGUUGGUUUUCCUGAGUAUUUAUAGUUCUGGGAAUUUUUCUGCCAAGGGCCGCUUUUCCUUUUCCUGGUUUUUCCUGCUACUCAAUUGUAGCAUAACCAUUAUCAUCCUUUCCUUGUAAUUUAUACAUCUCAUACAUCAACUUUGACACCAUUCCCCUUAA